AUGACACAUUCAUUUAUUGAGGAUCCGGAUUUUGAUGAUGAAGAUGAUGAAAAUGAAGAAAACUAUCGACGAUUACUGAAAAGAUCUGGAUCAUUGCCACCAUGUGAUUCUUCGAUCUUACCGGCUUCGUCGUUCUCAAAUCGAUGUAGUCUAUGCUCGCGAGAAGAAGCGGAAAAUGUUUUGAAAAACUCAAGGGGAGUCAGUCCGGGCUACUUUUUAGUUCGUCCAAGUGCUCAUUUGAAUCAUCCGUAUUCACUUAGUGUUCUAACAAAUAAAAAGCAAAUUUAUCAUUUUCAAAUUGGUUACAUCGCGAAUAAAUACGUUCUCGGACCUCUUCAAGCAAUUGAUCUGGCCAAAUCAAAAAGAUUUUCCACGCUGAGUGAUUUUCUCCAAUGGUUUUCCACGCAUCCCAUUCAAUUUCAAGAUGAUAAUCAGAAAGAUCAUUCGGUUUUAUUACAAUUAUGGGUUUUCAUCAGUACCAUCGACAUUUGUCUUCAUCUUUCAUCUUCAACAAGUGAUUAUUCAUUGAUCGAUAUGAUGCUCAAUACGAGUAACGUUGCACAUUCAAUUCUCGCCGAAGAAGUUGACAAUUGCAAUAGUAAUAAUAACAAUAACAAUAGUUUAUUGCUCAAUGAUCUCUCAUUUCAUAAUGAUGAUAUGAUUACGAAUGGAUCAUUACAUUGUGGAGUUUACGAUACAACGGUAUUCGACGUGCUCAAAGUCGAUCCUGAAGAUUUUGCUUCACAAAUCACAUUAAUGGAUCUUCCAGUAUUCAAGGCUAUAGCUCCAGAUGAAUUAACAAGUUGCGGUUGGAGUUCGAAAGCCAAACUUGAAAAAGCCUUUCAUAUUGUUCAAUUUACUCGUCGAUUCAAUCAAGUUAAUUUCUGGGCUCAAGGUGAACUUCUACGUGCUGAUAUUUUAAAAAAUCGUACUGAAAUUUUAUCCCAUUUUAUUCGAGUUGCGAAGAAACUUUUCGAAUUCAAUAAUAUCAACGCAUGUAUGGCUGUUGUGAUGGCUCUCCAGAGUGCACCGAUAUAUCGUUUACAAAAAACUUGGGCGGGCCUUAGUAAACGUGAUCGAACAACAUUCUCAAAUCUCAAAGAAUUCGUCUCAGCAAAUGAAAACUGGAAACGACUAAGACAUCAUUUAACAAAUACUAAAUUACCAUGUAUUCCAUAUUUAGGAAUUUAUUUAACUGAUCUCAUUCGCAUUGACACUCUACAUCCGCACGGCGGAGGACUCGAAACCAAUCAACGUAAAAACGCGAUGAAUAAUAUCUGUCGAGUCAUAUCCGAAUUUCAGCAAUCAACUUACGAAUUUCUCCGACCUAUUGAAUGUGUACAAAACUAUCUAGGGACUGUACGGUACAUGGAAGAACUGCAAACAUUUGUUGAAGAUCAAAAUUUCAAACAAUCGUUAGCAAUUGAACCUGAUCUGAUCAAUGCUGAUCAUUCCGAUUCGCACUAUGAACGUACACCGAAGAAUUUAGAAAAAUCAGCAUCAUUCAAAGUCUCACAUGCCGACAACCAUUCAACUUGUUCACAUCGACGAACUCUGAGCGACUACAAUCAUUCAAAUGGUUUAUCUUCGUCGAGUAAAUCAGCCACAUUACCAUGUAGAACACAUGAAAAGAAAAGUUUGCUAGACGACAGUGUGCUAGGCGAUUGUAUGACAGAAGAAACUCGAUCUAGUACUGAUUCCAAUGAUUCAUGCGAAGAAGCAAUACGUAAAGCAAAAGAAUACAUAAAGAACAGUGGAAAACACCAUCACAUUGCACAAGGCAUAUCCGUUUCUUUAUCAUCACUGUCAAUGAGAGAACCGUUAAAUCCACACAAUGAUCCAUUGGUAACAUCAAAUUUCAACUUCGAAGGUUCGUUGCAACGCAAAUGUCUUCUAAAGAACUAUAAAAAACCCACGAUAACUAAAUGGAAAAAAUAUUGGGUAGCGAUCUGCGAACAUUUACUCUUUUUCCAUAAACAAAAGCCAUUCAUAAUGACAUUGCAUAUGCGCUUACAUCGCUCACAUCGACAGACAGCAAUGAAUAAUGAUAGUGAUAAUGCUUCAUCGACACAAUCUGCACCUGCAUUGCUAAAUACAUCAUCUACGCGAACAUUGAUCGAAUCCGAACGCUUAUUCUAUCGACAAAAUCCGACGAAAUGUCAAUCAAUAUCUGACUGGUUGAUUGUUCUCAGUCAAACAAGAAAUCGCAAUGAAAUUCAACUGAGUGAUCUCAAUCGAGGAUCGAUGUAUAAAUUCAAAUUUGAAAAUGCAGCUGUAGCAAAUAUCUGGUUCCAACGUUUGAAAGAAGCAUCUACAUUUAAACAAAACAACGGUCGACGUUCGGAAAAUCUAAUUGCAUUGGAUUGA